CCCUGGCCCGGCUGCAGCCACAGGUCACUGUGGUGGCCGUCCUGGGUCAGUUGCUGGACACCAUGCCCUGGCUGGACAAGGAGAUGCUGCCCGUGUCCCUAAGGUGCCUGUACUGGGACCUGGAGGAAUUCACCAAGGAGCUCCAGACCACCCUGUACCAUAUUGGUGGCACACAGUGGCACCGCACUGUCACCUCUGAUGAUGAUGGCCCACCCGCCACCCUGAGCCAGGCCCUGGCUACCUAUGAGAGCACCCCAGGGACCACCCGGGACCAUGUGACAAUGGUGGCCAGCAAGUGGCAGGGGUCGGUGGCUCUGCUUGUGAACAGCUGGGCCAAACUGGCCAGGGCAGCCACCAAGCUCCUCAACACCUGCAGGGAUUUGGCCACCGAGGCAGAUGACAAGGUGGCAACUGCCACUGCCAGGGCCAGGGAGCUGCAGGUCAAGGCUGCCCGUGAUGGGACAGCUCAGGAAAACAUGGUGGAGCUGGGUCAGGUGCUGGGCGGGGAAGAGGGAGCCAGAGUAGUGGCCAGGCCUGAAGCCCGGGUAAGGAGAGAGGCCUGGGUGGCCACCAGCGAGGCAACAAGGGCCACCAUGGUGAGACAGCGGGUGGAGGCAGCCCUGGGGCUGCUGGAGCGCUUGGUGGCCGCGUGUGACGAAGCCACCGCCUUCCCCCGGGAGCAGCAGCACCUGCUCAGGGACAUCGAGGCCACCCUGGAGGGGACAAAUGAGGCAUCCCCUGAUGUCCCUGAGGACUUGGUGGCCAAGGUGGCUGAGGCUGAGCGGCUGUGGGAGGCCAACGCCCACCUGGCCCAGGAUCACCUGCUGCAGACAGUUCCAGACUUCACUGAAUUCUUGUUCAACAGUUGUCCCACUGGCCCCCGUGCCUGUGAGGUGGCUGAGCAGUGCCAAAGAGCCAUCGAGGACAUCCCAAGGCUCGUUCGACCACUGGAGCGUCCCCAGAGUGUCUCCAAGGUGUCCCCAGUGAGCAAGGAGCCCCAAGAGCUGUCCUCAGCCCUGCUGCAGCCACAGGUCAGCGUGGUGGCCAUCCUGGGCAAGCUGCUGGCCACCCUGCCCAGUCAAGACAAGAUGAAGGUCGUGUCCACAGUGGACCUGUACAGGGACCUGGAGGAAUUCACCAAGGACCUCUGGGCCACCCUGUACCACAUUGAUGGCACCUGGUGGUGCCGGGAUGUCACUGUGGAUGAUGAUGACCCUGUCACCUCCCUGAGCCAGGCCCUGGCCGCGUAUGAGAGCACCCCAUGGACCCCCCAGAACCGUGUGACAAUGGCAGCCAGCAAGUGGCACACAUCCGUGUCUGUGCUCAUGAACAGCUGGGCCAAGCUGGCCAGGAAGGCCACCAAGCUCCGCAAUGCCUGCAAGAGGGCGGUCAGUGAGGCGGCCGACAUGGUGGCUGCCACCACCGCCCGGGCCAGGCACCUGCAGGACAUGCUUGCCCGUUAUUGGACAGCUCAGGAAAACAUGGUAAAGCUGGGUCAGGCCCUGGGUGGGGAGGAGGGGACCAAGAAGUUGGAUUCCCAUGAAGCCCGGGUGAGGGAACAGGCCAUGGAGGCCACCAGCAAGGCAACAAGGGCCACCAUGGUGAGACAGAGGAUGGAGGUCGCCCUGGGGCUGCUGGAGCGCUUGGUGGCUGUGUGUGACGAAGCCACCGCCUUCCCCCGGGAGCUGCAGCGCCUGCUCAGGGACAUCGAGGCUGCCCUGAAGGGGACAAAUGAGGUGUCCCCCGAUGUCCCCGAGGCCUUGGUGGCCAAGGUGGCCAUGGCCGAGCGACUGUGGGAGGCCAACGCCUGCCUGGCCAAGGAUCACCUGCUGGGAGCCAUUGAUGACAUCAUCAAGUUCUUUUUCUACGGUGGUCCCACCGGUCCCAGUGCCUGUGGGGUGGCCGAGCGGUGCCAAAGAGCCAUCAAGGACAUCUCAAGGCUCGUUCAACCCCCGGAGUGUCCCCAGAGUGUCCCCAAGGUGUCCCCAGUGAGCAUGGAGCCCCAAGAGCUGCUGGAGGCUCCGGUGUCCGUGGUGGCCACCCUGGGUGAGGUGGUGGCCACUGUGACCAGGCCACACCGGGGCGUGCGGCUCUGUGUGCCCCCAAAGUCCCUGCAUGCAGCCCUGGGGAGAUUCACCUGGAGCCUCCGUGAGAUCCUGGACCGCGGCGCUGUCACCUCCCUGGGCGACUCUGGUGUCCCCUCCCUGAGCCAGGCCCUGGCUGCACUUGAGGCCACCCCAGGGACCACCUGGGCUGAUGUGAGAGCCAUGGUCAAGGCAUGGCGGGAGUCGGUGGCCAAGCUCGUGGACAGCUGGGACUGGCUGGCCAGGGAGGCCACCAGGCUCCAUGAGAAGGAGGUCAUGGACCAGCAGCUGAUGGUGGCGCUGGACAAGGAGGAGGUGGCCAGGGAAAUGGCCACACAUGAUGCCCAGGUGUCAGCAGCCACCAAUGAGGCCAUGGGAGAGGCUGUGGUGGCCACCAGGUCGGCAAUGGCGGCCACCAGGAGGGGACAUUGGGUGGAGGAGACCCUGGGGCUGCUGCAGCGCUUGGUGGCCAAGUGUGACAGAGCCACCUUGUUCAACUGGAUCAUGGAGUGGCGGCUCAGGGACAUCGAGACCAUCCUGAAGGGGACAAAUGAUGUAUCCCCGGAUGUUCUCCAGGCCUUGGUGGCCAAGGUGGCCAAGUUUGAGUUGCUGUGGGUGGCCAGCACCCGCCUGGCCAAGGAUCACCUGCUGGGGGCUCUGUGGGUCAUUGACAACAUCCUCUUGAGUCCCUAUGGUGGCCAUGGUGUCCUGGGUGGCCCCAGCAGCUGCGCAGUGGCCGAGCGGUGCCAAAAAGCCAUCGAGGACAUCCCAAGGUUGCUGGGCCAGUGA